UACUUCAUCUUUAGACAUCACAAUUUGCAGCCAUGGGAGCUAUAGGUCCUUCCCUUCUCUAUCUUUUUUCUCUAGCUACCCUUUUGGCUGUUGUCACUGGAACUGAACCAAAAAAAGUAGAACCAAGUCAAUAUGCUUCAUUCAAUAGGAGCCUUUUUCCUGAUGAUUUUCUCUUUGGAAUUGGUUCUUCUGCUUACCAGGUAGAAGGAGCUUCAGAUAUAGAUGGGAGAGGACCAAGUAUAUGGGACACAUUUACUAAACAAAAUCCAAAUAAGAUUUGGGACCAUAGCAGUGGUAAUGUAGGAGCUGAUUUUUAUCAUCGAUACAAGGAAGACCUCAAGGUGGUGAAAGAAAUUGGGUUGGACUCAUACAGAUUCUCCAUCUCAUGGUCAAGAAUAUUCCCAAAGGGCAAGGGGGCAGUCAAUCCCCUAGGAGUUAAAUUCUAUAACAAUCUCAUUAAUGAGAUCCUAGCAAAUGGCUUAGUACCCUUUGUAACUCUCUUUCAUUGGGAUCUCCCACAAGCUCUUGAAGAUGAAUAUAAGGGAUUUUUAAAUAAAAAUAUAGCGAAGGAUUUCGCAGUCUAUGCUGACUUUUGCUUCAAGACAUUUGGAGAUAGGGUUAAGCAUUGGGUGACACUUAAUGAACCUUAUUCAUACACCAUCAAUGGAUAUAAUGGUGGUACUUUUGCACCUGGUAGAUGUUCUAAAUAUGUUGCAAAUUGCACUACUGGUGACUCAAGUACAGAGCCCUACAUUGUUGCUCAUAACUUGAUACUUUCUCAUGCUGCUGCAGUCAGAGUAUACAAGAGAAAAUAUCAGGCUCAUCAAAAAGGAAAAAUUGGAGUGACCUUAGUGACUCACUUCUUUGAACCAUAUUCCAAUAGUGUUGCUGAUAAAAAGGCUGCAGGUCGAGCACUUGACUUCUUUUUUGGAUGGUUUGCUCAUCCCAUUACAUAUGGUCACUAUCCCCAAUCUAUGAUAUCUUUGUUGGGUAAAAGACUCCCCAAAUUCACAAAAUUUGAAUCUGUAAUUAUAAAAAAUUCCUAUGAUUUUCUUGGUGUGAAUUAUUACUCCACAUAUUAUGCACAAAGCAAAGGACCACAAAAUAAAAACAUGGACUACUACAGUGAUAUGCAAGCAACUGUCUCUCCAUUGAAGAAUGGUGUAUCCAUUGGUCCCUCGACUGAUUUGACUUGGCUCUAUGUCUAUCCAAAGGGAAUUCAUGAUCUUGUUACACACAUAAAAAAUGUAUACAACAAUCCACCAGUGUACAUUACUGAAAAUGGCAUUGCUACAUAUAGGAAUGACUCAGUUCCAAUCAAUGUAGCUCGUAAAGAUGGUGUUAGGAUUAAAUACCAUCAUGACCAUCUCUACUACCUCCUUGAAGGAAUAAAACAUGGUGCAAAUGUGAAGGGGUACUAUGCAUGGUCAUUUUCCGACAGCUAUGAAUGGGAUGCAGGGUACACAGUACGAUUUGGAAUAAUUUAUGUGGAUUUCGUUAACAAAUUGAAGAGAUAUCCCAAGUACUCUGCUUUUUGGCUGCAAAAGUUCCUUCUCAAGGGAAAACACUAAAUUUGAUGUUCAUUUGGCAUGUCUAAGAUUUUCCAUUGUUGUUUGUCGAAUUUCCAGUGUCACCUUAGUAUGUUACUUGCGCUCAUAUGUAUUGAGAUAAUUGGUGAUACCAAUUAAAUAAACCUUAAGGGCAUGCUGAAAUGAGUGAGUCAAUAUAAAUGAAAUAAAUUGUUGGAACAACUAUCUUUCA